GCGAUCUACUUCUGCCGCUUGCGCUAACCUUAAACAUUUCUCGCUGCUGAUUGGCUGCCCCUGGGAUCAUUUCUCUUCAGUCUCUCUCUCUGGUCCAACAACACAACUUUCAAUUCUAGUUGCUGUGUAAUAAUAUCUCCGUUCGUCCACGAUCAAUCCGUCCGUUCCUCCUCGUAUCGACAGGAAUAUCACGUUGGCUAUCCCGCCAGACUAUUGACAUUCCCGAACGAUUAGAUACAAACCGCGCCAUUUUCAGAAACCAACCUGCAUACAAUUUCUCUUACGACUGCGAAUCUUCAAAAAAAAAAAAAAAAAAAAAAAAAAAACAAAACGAAAAGAGAAACUCCUCUUGCCAACAACCCCCAGUUGGCCGUCUGCUCCGUUUCCACCAUAUCUCCAAAAUCUGUGCGUUUCUUACAACCCAAGUUAGCCAUGUCGCAAACCUCCUCCCCCUCAAUCAUCACGUCCUUCAUCCGCUGGCUCCGUUUGAAAAACUAUCAAUAUGAAGUCACCAUCUCCCUCUACAUGCUUACCCCUAUAGAGAAAUUCGUUUUCAACACCCUCCUCCUCCUCAUAACCUCCAUGCUCCUCGCAGCAGCCUACGUCUAUCUCCCCGACCACGUCACCACAGUCAGCAAGCGCAUCUGGUACUACUGGGCAGGUGACGCUUUCACAGACUUCCCCUUCGUCAACGUCUCUACCUCCGCCACCGCCGUCGCCGCAGGAAGUGCCAAAACCUCCCUAUCUGCUGCGCAGCAGGAAGGGUAUGAAACACUAAUGGAGACUGCGAAGAAAGUAGCUGAGACGGCUGCGACGACGGCGGGGAAGGUGGCUGGCGGGGAGUUGUAAUUUGGGCGUUGUUUGUGUCUGUGAUGGGACUGUGAUGGGAAUUCGUUGUUAUCUUCUUUGACAUAUGAAUUAGUUUUGUAAAAAAAAUAAAAAAAAUAAAUUUAUUUUAAUUUUAGUUAAGAUGGCUGGCUACACUAACUGGGAGUUGUUCGGGUGUUUUGAUCUCGUGGAAAUAACAGGCGUGUUUUUUUUUUUUUUUUAUGGCGUGUUUGUUUUCGUGGCUCGUGUUGCAUACGAUGGUUCGUUCUCAGGCUGAGGAUGUUAUUCUGUUCUUCUUGUUAGCCUAUCUAUGCUCACUCUCAUAAUGUCUACGUUCCAUGCGGCAAGUUUUAUACUAAUUUAAUAUCUUCAAUGAUCGGGUGUUAUUGUGUCGGUUUUUGCGUCUAUAUCCCCGCCUCCUUGCACCACAUAUGUGUUUUGUCCGUUGGCUGCUUAUACACCUCAUUCAAGCCAGAUAUUAUCAAUGAAAAAUUGCGAAGAGGAGAAUUAAUAUAUAUGUACACAAUAAAUACAACACAUUCCAAAAUUGAAGCCAA